AUGACCUAUGCACUUGCCAGUGCAGCAGAGGGUUUGGGGGACAGGGUGGCGUCCUGGGCCUCCAGGGCCUCGACCGGCAAGUUCCUGCUGAAGAAGAAGACUCUCUGUGGGGGGUGGGAGGAUCGUCGGACGAUCCUGGGGAAGUGGCGCCGCGCGCGCUUCGACGCCAGCGGGGUCAAGAAGCUGCAGCUCAACCUGUCCAACUGCUUCUGGCCGGUGUGGGCCGCCUGCCGCACCCACGCCAUGGGCAUGGGCUGGGCCUAUGACAACACCGAGUUCGCCAACAUUCUGCUGCUGAUGUACCACGAGACCUUUUGCAAGGACCUGCCCAGCCUGAGCGACCCCGCCAUCAGGGCAGAGCUGAAGAAGGCGGGCUGCCUCGAGGCGGGCUUCAUCCCGGGGGCGUUCCUCUUGAACCACCCGGGGUUCAUCGACAAGAAGGGCAAGAAGGCGUAG